AUGUUCGAGGAUCUACAUAGAAAAGUUUACAAGCAGUGCCACCUGUGGCUCUCGCAGGUGUACACGUUCGGCUGUAAUGACGACGGAGCGCUGGGUCGCAGCACGACCCGCGAAGGCAGCGAGACGACGCCGGGCCGCGUCACGCUCGACGGCCCCGCGGCAGCGGUCAGCGCUGGCGACUCGCACACGGCCGCGCUGAUGACCGAUGGACGCGUGUUCGCGUGGGGAUCGUUCCGGGACUCCAGCGGGCUGAUGGGAUUGACUGGCGCCGGGCCUCAGCCCUCUCCCACGCAGCUGCUGGAAUCGGUGCGCGUCGCACAGAUCGCGUCGGGCAGCGACCAUCUAGCCUGCCUGUCGGACGGUGGUGACAUCUACACGUGCGGCUGCGCAGAGCAGGGACAGCUCGGCCGCGUCGCAGAGGUCUUCGCGAAGAGGGGCGGACGCAGAGGUCUCGGGUUCGUACUGGAGCCUGGCAUCGUCCACUGCAAACGCGUGCGAGGCAAGACGAUCCAGUUCGACAAGAUCUGGGCCGGCCAGUACGUGACGUUCGCCAGGAGCAAGGCCUCUGGGGAUGUGUAUGCUUUCGGCCUGAACAACUAUUGCCAGCUAGGGUUGCCGCAAAAAGUGCACUCUGCGUUCAUGCCACAACAAGCGAAGACCUUCGACAACAAGUGUUGGGUGAAGAUCAACGGUGGCCAGCACCACACGUUGGCGUUAGACGAUCAAGGCAGAGUGUACUCGCUGGGUAGGAAGGAGUACGGCCGGCUGGGGCUGGGAGAGGAGGGCGACGACCAGGCUUCUCCCACGCUGCUCACCUCUCUCUCCGGCGUCACGUGCACCGACGUCGCGUGCGGAAGCUGCGUCUCCUACGCGGUGACGGAGGAGGGUGCGGCGUACGCCUGGGGCAUGGGCACAAACGGACAGCUGGGCAACGGCAACGACGACGACGACCGGUGGACGCCCGAGCGGAUGAGCGGCCGGGCGCUGCAGACUCGCGCCGUGCUGCGUGUGAGCGCUGGAGGCCAGCACUCCGUCCUGCUGGCCGGCGACCGCCCGCCCGCCGCCGCCGCCCCCGGGGACCCGUCGCAAGUCAGCUCGACGACGGACGCGGCGGGGUUGCGACCCGGGGUCGCGGAGAACGGCGUCGCGGCGUCGGCGUGCAAUGAGGCCGUGCCGGCUACCGCCAGCAGCUAGCGACCGGGCCACGGGGGGACAGGCGGGGGUGCGAUCGCGGGGCCGGGAGAGCGGGACGACCCCCCGUUCGAACGGCCGAAUCGACCGUGCCGUGGUGGGGCAGGCGGGGGUGCGAUCGCGGGGCCGGGAGAGCGGGACGACCCCCCGUUCGAACGGCCGAAUCGACCGUGCCGUGGUGGGGCAGGCGGGGGUGCGAUCGCGGGGCCGGGAGAGCGGGACGACCCCCUGUUCGAACGGCCGAAUACCUUGCCGGAUCGGUGAGUAUAGGAAAUGACGACGGCUCCUCGACGCACGCAUCCUCACGGUGCAGAUGACGGGGCGUCGCCGUGGUAACUCGUCGCUACGGGCGUUUGACGCUGCGAGGUUUGGUUUCUGUAGGUGUUGCCGACAAUAGGCCGAGGCCAUGAUAAAGAUAUUGUUUGUUUGCCCUCACCCGACCGACCCGCCAAAAAAGUGCCGACUCAAACAUUUUUAUUUAUCUUUAUCACUAUACAUUAUAUAAGUCUGUAUAAUGCUGAAUUUAUAAAAAGACCCCCUCUCAAAAAAAUAAAUUAAAAGCCUACCUACCUACCCAAACUUUUCAGCCUGGGUCGGGUGAGGGCAAACAAAUAUUUUUUUAAUUCUGGCCCGUUGGGCCAAACAGCUCCAUCGUCGUGCCGUCGAGAUCUCGCCGUGAGAGUCUUGCUGCUGGUAGCGUCGCCGGUGUGAUGCGAGAUGCAGAGUGAUCGAGAAGUGAAUUCAGGGGAGAGGAUUCGCGAGCGUAGUUUGAGAGUUGUCGCGCAUGGGACAAGGAGAGGAAGAAGCGGUGGUGGCAUGCGCGUACGGUAUCGCGAGGGAUGGGUAAACGAUCAUGGUAGUGGUGCACGUGUCCGAAUGCCUUUCCUUCUUUCUCCCUCCGGCUUUGUCUCUCUCUCGCUCUGUCCCUCCCUCCCUUCCUCUCUCCUCUUUCUCUUACUCACUCACUUCCUCUCCCUUUCUCUUACUCUCUCACUUCCUCUUUAUCACCUUGACUGAGACUCACUUCCUCUCCCUCUCUCUUAUAUUACUCUCUUACUUCCUUUCUCCUGUUGACUUCCUCUUCUCUCCCGUUGGCUCCCUUCUUCUCUCUCUCUUUCUCAGCUCACAGUAAUCAUUCUAAACAAUUUAUUCUACGUUGCUAUUUUAAUACACGAAGUUUUUCAUGCGAUGAAAUAUAAUAAAUAAUGAGUAGGUUUAUCCAUGAAGUAAUCAAAUAUUGCAUUCGAUUUGUAUCGGUGACAGAAAAGAGACAUGUUGCGAUUAUUGUACUGUGUACUGCUUAUUUGUACUGUACAAAUUUUCGUGAUAUUCUGCCAUUUUUAAUACGUUGUUUAUCAUUUAUACUAAUAAUAACUGUACUAAAAAUUUUAACAAA